AUGUCGCCUACCGCAGCACCUUGCGCCGCCGCCGCCGCCGCGCAAUCACCGAAGCAAAGGACCCGGCCGUCCACGAGGACUGGUUCGGUUGAAGGGCGCAAGAGCCGGAGGGGGGGAUCGCACUACGCGAAAGCUGGGCAGACUGGCGGCUGCACAACUGCCAGCAUGGCCAUGGCCAUGGAGACAUGGCCGUCUGAGAACGACGAGCCCACUGCUGGCCUGAUGGAGCACGUAGUCCAUGCGCUAGACCGGCUGGAAUGCCGCAGCGCUGUACUGCACAAAGGAACAGACAGAGACGCUCUUUCGUUCCACCACUUUGCGACGCAGCUCCCCCAGCUUCUCCCCCCAACACCAGUUUCCACUCCAGAUCUAUGCAUCGACGCGUCCCUGCGCAACCAUGGAACCCCACCGCCUUCCUACCACGACAGUGUCGCAGACCUGCCUCCAGAGUACACCUCCACCGAUGCGCUAGCUACAGCGCAGACGCCUGAAUACACUCCGUUUCCUUCCCUCAACGCCUCUCUCUGCUCUGAUGUGCCAAGCUGCCUGCGUGUUAGCUGCAACACAACGCCUGCUUCUUCCUUGUUCGUGGAUGAGAAAUCGCUGUAUGCGGACAUUGACUUCGGCUUUACCCAUGACGGCGUUCGCUCUCACGCGAAAAAGAAGAGCAACAAAGCCGCUAAGAAGCCGGCAGCCAAUUCCAACGCCCAAGAUGCACCAAAGGACGACGAACCGCCACCACCGGCCGAGAGUCCUGGUGGCGGCGAUCCGCCCGCAGACGGAGGCGGAGCAGGGGGCGACGGGGGAGAUGGAGGCGAUGGCGAUGGCGACAAAGACAAAGACAAAGAUAAGCCCGAUGACGACUGGGGCGCGUGGGGAGAGGCUGCGACGAAGAAGAAGAAAAAGUCCAAGAAGCAGGCACAGGAAGAGGAGGCAGAGCGUCUGAAGAAAGAGGAAGAGGAGGCAGCAGCAGCAGCGAAAGCGGCCGAAGAAGAAGAAGCAGAGCGCAUCAAAAAGGAGGAAGAGGAGGCUGCCGCUGCCGCUGCCGCUGCCGCCGAGGCUGAAAAGGCAGCAGCCGCUCCAGACCUUAGCUUGGCCAAUGAUGCGCCUGCGACUGAUGACUGGACCUCUGGUGCAACAACCUCCAAAAAGAAGAAGAAAAAGGGGAAGACGGCUGAUCCAACGCCUCCACCCCCUCCCGACCCACCAGCCACGGAGCCUACUUUCGACGACGUGAACCUCGACGACGGUGCACCCAAUAUUGAUAUGAACUUCGAUGGCUCUGGAAAGGCAGCAGAUUUGCUUGGCGGAGGUGAUGGGAUAGGUGGGUGGUCAUCUGGCUGGGGCACGUCCAAGGGAUCAUCAGGAUGGGGCUUCGAUGCAGCACCGGUCGGUGGCCCCAAAGGGACGCCGAGCGACAAUCCAUGGGACUCCACAGACAAGAAAAAGCAAGGCGACGGGUUCGACUUUGAUUUCGACGCAUUCAAAAGUCCUACGGAAGCUGCACCGGCACCUGAACCAGCGAUGGAAGAUGAUGCAUGGGGCUUUAGUGGUACAGCCAAGUCCAAGAAGAAGAAGAAGGGUAGCGCAGCCUUGCUCGACGAUUCUGUUCCAGAACCACCAUCAGCGCCGGUCCCUGACCCUCCGAAAGCUGACGAGGCCGACUGGAACUUUACCUCUGGCUCGGGCGACAAAAAGAAGAAAAAGAAGAAGCAAGCUGUAGAAGAGGAAGCUCUUUCCCCAGAGCCAGAGCCAAUAGUUGAACCCGAACCUGUCCCAGAAACGAAACUUGAGCCGGUACCCGAAAUACCAGCUGCCGAUCCGUUUGCAGGGCUCAGCAAGUCCCAAAAGAAAAGGCUUGAAAAGAAGAUGAAAGAGGAGACUGCGGCGAAAGAAAAAGAAGACGCCGAACGCAAAAAGCUCGAGGAAGAGGAAGCUGAGCUUAAGCGGAUGGAGGAGGAAGAGGCUGAAGCCAAGCGACUCGAGGAAGAGGCUGAACGCCAACGCGUGGAGGCAGAGGAAGCUGCUGCCGCUGUCGAAGCCGAGGCUGCCGCCGCCGCCGCCGCUGCUGCUGCUGCUGCUGCUGCUGCUGCUGCUGAAGCUGCUGAAGCUGAAAAGAAAAAGAGCGAGCCUGCAUGGGACGAUUGGGGCGGUGCGGCAGUCACAUCUUCGAAAAAGAAGAAGAAGAAAAAGGGCGCAGUUGAAGAGGAAGCUCCUCCCGUGCCUCCACCACCGCCUCCACCACCCGUACCGGAGCCAGAGCCAGUCGUUGAACCUGAUCCGAUUGUCGUCGAGCCUUCGCCCGUCAAAGAGGAAGAGGACCCCUGGGGUGGUGGUUGGGGGGCGACUGUCAGCACGAGCAAGAAAGACAAGAAGAAAAAGAAGGGGGCCGUUGAGGAGGAGGCCCCACCACCCCCGCCACCACCUCCACCUCCACCAGAGCCUGAGGUCGUAGCUGAUCCCAUCGAAGUCGUCUCACUGCCUGCUGAAGAGGACGGAUCGGGCGAUGACUGGGGGCUGCCGGCAACGUCAAAGAAAAAGAAGGGUAAGAAGGGUGCCGUUGUCGAAGUCCCUGAGCCUGAACCUGUCAUCGUGUUACCUGUCGAAGAGACUGUUCCAGAACUCGAGCCUGAGCCAGUCGUUGUCGUCGAAGAGAAGAAAGAGAAGAAGAAGGAGAAAGAGGGCAGCGACUGGGGACUCAGCUCGAUUUGGGGCGGUGGCAAGAAGAAAAAGAAGAGCAAAUCCACUGAAGCAGAGCCGGAGCCAGAGCCAGUUGUUGUAGUUCCCGAUGUCCAAGAGCCUGUCGCAGUGGAAGAGCCUCUGAUUGAUGAGGAUGAUGACUGGGGUGCGCCAUCGUGGAGCAAGGGCAAGAGGAGCUCCAAAGCCGAUGUUCCGGUUGAGGUUGUUGAAGAGUCAACAGAUCCUGUGCAAAAGCCAGACGAGGACGACCCCUGGGGCAGCGCAGCUUUCAACAUUGGCAAAAAAGCGAAGAAGAGCAAGAAGGGCGUACUUGGGGCGCCCACACCUCCUGAGCCUGAGCUACCACCACCUCUCGAGAUUGAAGCACCCCCGCCGGUCGUCGAAGAGGACGACCCAUGGGACCUUGGUGGCACAUCUUCUAAAAAGAAGAAGAAGAAGGGUGAGACUGCUGACGAGCUCACUAAGACCUUUUCCAAGGACUCCGCGACCAAGUCUGCUACCGAAGAUCUCCUUGGACUCGAUGACCCCCCUCCAGAAACCGUGGAGGAAGCGCCAGUCGAGGAAAAGAAGGAGAAAAAGGACAAAAAGAAAGAAUCCAAGUCCACAAGCAUGUGGGGCGCUUUUUCAUCUUCAUCAUCCAAGAAAGAGAGCUCGGCCGACAAGAAAAAGCGCGAAAAGAAGGAAGCUAAAGAGGCUGAAGAGGCUGCAGAGAAGGCACGACUUGAACAAGAAGAGGCUGAUCGUCUUGCUGCUGAGGCUGCUGCCGCCGAAGCAGAAGCUGCCGCUGCCGCCGAAGCAGAAGCUGCCGCUGCCGCCGAAGCAGAAGCUGCCGCCGCCGCCGAACAGGCCCGUAUUGAAGCUGAAGAAGCCGAGCUCGCGCGUAUUGCCACUGAGGAAGAAGAGAGGAAGAAGCAGGAAGAGGAAGAAGCGGCCAAAAGCUCAGGCUGGGGCAGCAGCAUUUGGGGCUCUUCGAAGAAGAAGGAGUCCGCGAAAGAGAAGAAAGCCCGUGAGAAGAAAGAAGAGCAGGAGCGUAUAGAACAAGAGACGAAAGAGGUGGAAGAAGCGGCAGAGAAGGCGCGUCUUGAACAAGAGGAGGCCGAUCGCGUUGCAAAGGAAGCGAAUGAGAAACUUAAACGCGAGGCAAAAGAAGCAGCAGAAGCAGCACUAGCUGCUGAUGAAAGUCGACUAGACGCUGAAGAUGCUGUGCGCAUGGCCAAAGAAGACUUUGACGCAACAUCCGGUCCGCCAUCAAAGAAAGAGACCUCGAAAGCAAAGAAAGAGCGCGAGGCCAAGGAAAAGAAAGUCAAGAAGCAAAUUGAGAAGAAUGAAUUGGAGGCCGCCGACGCUGCUGAAGCUGCCGCCAAAGCCCAGGAGACGGCCGACAACCUUGAGGCUGAGUGUGUUGUAGCAGGAAUUGAUACUGCGUUCUUGGCAGAGUUUAAGAGAGAGCCUGAACUUGUGGUCGAAGACGCACCUCCACCGCCACCUGAGGAAGAAGCUCCGCCUGCCGCUGAGCCUACGCCUAUGCCAGAUGCAGAUGCAUAUGCCGAUGCAGAUGCAGAUGCAGAUGCAGACCUUUGGAAUUCCGUCAAAGACAUUCCUGAGGAUGAACUUCUUGCCGAGCUGGGCGAGACCAAGACCACGUUACCGACGAAGAAGGAGGAUGCCGCUGGGUGGGGAAGUGCUUGGGGCAUCUCACUGCGUAAAACCAAGAAGGAGUCAGAACCUGAUACACUUCCCGAGCCCGAGCCUGUCUUUGAAGAAGCUCUGCCAGAGCCAGAGCCUGAACCCGUAGUCGUUGUCGAAGAGCCUGUGUUGUCGGCCAAGGAACUGAAAAAGCUCAAGAAGUCUAAGAAGGGUAAGAUUGUGGAACCGGAACCAGAACCUGAGCCUGUAUUUGUCCCUGAACCAGAGCCUGUUCCCGAGCCCGAGCCCGUUGUUGAGACAGAACCGGAGCCCGUUUUCGAAGAUGCUCCUGAGCCUCCUCCUCCUCCUCCUCCUCCUCCUCCUCCUCCUCCUCCGCCAGUGGAGAUUAUCGAGGCGACGCCCAAGAAAGACAAGAAGGGUAAGAAAUCCAAAAAGUCCAAGUACGAGGAUGAGAUCAUAGCUAUUGAAGAGCCGAUGGACGUGCCUCCAACAGCCCCAAGGCGCUCGCCUGUACCAGGCGGUUUCCCCAUGGACGAUGAUAUGUUGAUCGAUCUCGACAGCUCUGAACCGCCACCGCCGCCGCCCCCCCCUGCUGAGCCAGAAGCUGAGCCGGAGCCAGAAAUGGUUACGGAAGUGGUUCCUGAACCUGAGCCGGUCGCUGUCGAGGAGCCAGUUGUUGUACCUGAUAAGAAGUCGAAGAAGCUGAAGAAAAGCAGCAAAUCGUCAAAACCAGCGCCAGUGGUCGAAGCACCACCUCCGCCGCCACCACCACCGCCGCCUCCUCCUGAGCCUGAGUUCUUUGAAGCUGAGACGGAGCCAGCAGAGGUUGUGGUUCUCGACAGUGUACCUGUGGAUCGGGAGAUUUUGCUCGACGAUGAUGAUCUACUGGACGACGAAGAGCCCCCUGCCAAACCUCCGACUCCGCCGCCUGACGUUGAACCGGAGCCAGUGGUGAUGGAUUCACCCAAAAAGGAACGCGCAAAGGUCGUUCGCAGCGGUACCUCAGGUUCCUGGGGAGUAUGGGGCGCAGCAGCACCUUCCAAGUCAAGGGAAAGCAGGAAGAAGUCACGCGAGGACGGUACAGGUGCUGCCGCUCCUUCCAAGCCCAGUAUGAGCCGCUCCAAGUCGGCGCGCACCUCAUCGACUAGGGACCGAGAUGUCAUGUCCAAGUCGUCAGGCUCUGACAAGAUGUCGAAGACGCCGUCUGCGUCGCGACGCAAACCUCAACGCGCUGCCACGGGACUUGGUCAGCUAUUCGGCGCUUCACCCUUUGGCACGGCACCAUCUCAUCCAUCCGUGUCCCGUUCCAAGUCGCAUCGUACCUCUGCUACGCCCAAGAUGCUCUCGCGCCGAAACUCGAUUGACCGCGACACGGCAAUGUUGUCGCCGCCCCAGACAGACACGGACGUGAAGUACUCGUCGAAAGCCGCCAGGGUAUUGGGCAGGGAGAAGCCAUCUCGAAGGUCGAGCACUCGUGACAAGGGCAAGUCCAGAGGUAAGCAUGCCACGAGUACGUUGGGCGCCAUUGGUCGGCCCGCGGUCAGCAACGGUCGGACAGAGCUAACCGAGCAUUCAGCUGUGCCCGACCCGUACCCUCUCGAAGAUGACGGAGUGAUGCUCGACGACCCUCCCACACCUGUGCAGGAACGACCAGAAACGAAACGCCGCAAGUCGAAGCGUGGUUCCGUGCAGCCUGAGGAGCCCAUCACCGCGCCGCCUAGCGCCGACGACCCUGUCAUUGUGGAUCCGAUGGAUGUGGAGCCGGCCCCCGUUGAGGCUGAGCGCAGGCCCCGCCGCGACCGCGACCGCGACCGCGACCGCGAACACUCGCGACGCGAACGAGCACCGUCGAUGGCCAAGGACGCGCUGCCCACGCUGGCUGGCGUCGCCGGCACUGCUGCUGCCGUCAGCGGCCUGAAGAGCAUGUUUGCGUUUGGCCGCAAGAAGAGCGCGCCUACGCCCGACGAAGACCCCCGCGACCGGCGCAGGGCCGCCUACGAGACCGAAGACGAGCGCAGACGGCGCAAGCGCUCCACGAUGCGCGGCGACAUGGACGAGGAUGAGGCCAAGCGCCUGCGCCACGAGCGCCGCAGCGUCCGGCGUGAGCGAGAGGAGGCUGACAUGAUGGCCUCGGGCGCGAACGGCAACGGCAGCACCGAGUACGACCCCGAGCGCGAGGCACGACGAGCUGAGCGCCGAGCGCGCCGCGAGCGAGACGGAGACAAGGGCUCUCGCCGCGCCGAGCUGGACGAGGUCGAGUCCAAGGCUGAACGGCGCCGCGAGCGAGAGCGCGAGAACGAGGCCGCCAUCCUCGCGCAGAAGAAGGCGCGCCAGAUGGCCGAGCUGGAGCGCCGCAACAAGCAGGCCGAGGAGGAGCUGCGCCGUCUGGCUGACAAAGAAGAGCGCAAGCGCCUGCGCGCCGAGCGCAAGACGGCCGGCGACGACCGCGAGCACCGCUCCUCGCGCCGCAAAGACAGCCAGCGCGAGCCCUCUCGACCGCACAACGAGCGCCGCCGCUCGCACCAGGCUGAGCCUGAGGAGGACCGUCGCCGCCGCCACGAAGAGCGCCGCGCAGCGCGCCGCAACUCUGACCACCCACCGCCCGUCAACGGCGAUGGCGAGCCCAUCACCGACUACUUCGACCAGCGCAACGCCGACGCCAGCGGCGCUGGUCUCCGCUCGAAACACCGCAGCUCGCGCCGCCCAGCCGACGAAGAGCAGAACCAGCCGUACCUGAACAAGGGCCCUGACAAGACGAGCUCGUGGGUGCAGUCCCUCUCGGACGAGAAUCCUCUGCCACCGCCGAUUGCGGAAACGAUACUCGACCCCCCGCCCGGCAGCCGCGACGCCCCUGGGCUAGACGACGAUGAAACCCCGAGCCAGGACGAAGACAUCCGCCUGCGCAUCGCGGGACGCCGGGGCCCCAAGCGCGACAAGGAGCGCGCCGAGCGGCACGCCGAACGGGACCGCGACAAGAAGCAGCACCGCAGACGGUCGUACUACGGCGAGGACGACGAGGAGGAGCCGCGAAGUAGCAAGCGCGACAGCCGGAGGAAGACGUACGACCAGUACACCGAGCAGCCGGUGCGGACGUGGGACGGCCGGCCCCAAGGCGAGACACCCAAGGGGGUGAAGAGAGGCAGCUGGCUGAAGAAGAUUGCCGGGCUGGGCUGA